CCGGAGUAUCCACGGGUAACAUGGUAGUUUACAAUAUGUCGGACGUGUAAGAACUUUAAACCUGUAGAUUUUGUGAUAAUCGCUCAGAACUUCUGUUGUACUGAAUAACAAAAAGUGAAAAUGGCUGCAGCAAUAGUUGAGGGUCCAGUCUUAGCCGACUCGAAUUUUAAAACCCGUCCGCCGUUCCAAUCAUAUUUACAAGUGGACACAAAUGCAGGUGGAAACACAGUGCAACAGAUUGAAAACCAUAGGCGGAUCCGACAGAUGAAAUUCCCCACCCUCAGCGGCAGGGCUGAUGUCGACUCUUUCAAAGCAUUCCCGGCAAAAGAUAUCGGGUUCAAACGCUGGAAUGAUGAAGGGGACUUCCGUGCUAACGCACCCUACCGGGAUUAUGAUAACAUCGUUGACCCCGUGUCUGGGUUUGUAUCGGCAGGGGGAGAUGUUGACAGGGGGACGGGACACAAGAAAAUAAGGCCCCUGGCCCAGCUGAACGAUGUUCCACAGUGCGCCGCACCCCAGAGCAAGCACUCGGACAGAAAGAAUUCCGAGAAGGCCCCUCCUGAACUCAGGCGCUCCAAUACUUAUGAACCUGGGGCACCGUCCUUCUGGAACAGUAGGAAAACUUCUGAUGAGUGGAUCAAGUCUCAGCUAGGAGGUUGGACCAGUGAUUAUGAUCCCCGUAAAGAGGCCCCCGAGACGUCACGGUGGAGGUCAAAGGACGGAAGUUACAAGCAGUCGGCCUUCGUUCCCAAACCUCCCUCUGAACAAAGCAAAGAUGGACGGGACCACCUCGCCCUCAAGUUUAUGUAUGGAUCCUCCACCCAAAAAUCUUACGAGGAGGUACCGUGGGAUAACAUGCUUCCCUCCAAACAGUGGGCGCCCGUCAGUACCCUGGAGGACAGGCCAGACAUGAUCUCCCAGACCUACACCCUCAAGAGAUACGACCCCGCGGCCCAGGAGUGGCAGGGUACCGGAAGAUCCUGGGACUGGUUCCAAAAAAGGCGUGGCUAUUACAAGGACGGACCAAUCAACUUCUCAAGCCCUUGCCCAAGAACUCAACAUAUACCGAACUAUAGCGGUUGUAUAGGGGCAGAUAACUUGGACGAAAAAGACAACCAGAAAGAGCCGUUUUAUCCUUAUACAAUCAAGAGAGUUAACAUUCCUAGAUAUAGCGAGACAGGACACCGGCCCAAUAUCCCUGGCUAUCAAGGCUGUACCCUGUGGCAGGGCGUGUAUGCCCCCGCCCACUCCACCAAAAUUGUCAAUGCUCAGAGUACCACUUCUACCGUUCACAAGUCAAUGCCAGUCUCUCCCAAUAACUCGAACCAUAAGAGAGACUCACAGAUGUCCAAGAUGGUGACCACGGUACCCCCCUGUAACCCAUUCAACCAAAUCAACAAACUGGAGGAGGUGCUAGAGAGCAAAGUGCAGUGAACCGUGAAAAUCCAAGGUCACACGAAGGUCAUUUACUGAUAAAGACUUACCUGUACUUGUGAAGAUGCUCAAUGUUUGUCCCCCUAAAUUUCUUCUUGACCCUUGCCUGACUUAUGUUUUAUCAUCUGUUGAGCUAUGCUGUUAAUUUUCUUUAAUUCAGUAGGGUUAAAACAAAGGAGUAAUUGCAUGUACUUAUCAUGUGAAAUAUUUGCUCAUUUGUUGAUAGAAUUUCUAAAGAAAAAUAAUUAUAUGUCAUCUGAAUUCUAUUGAACCCGAUUUGGAUUCUCUUGUGUCAUUUAAAGUUUUUCCUUGAUGGGUAUAUUUUAAAACUGCAUUCUGGGUAUUUUUAAAAACUGCCUUGCGAGUUUAAAUUAGACGUUAGUGUGCCCUUAGCAAAGAAGUUUGUGUCAAAGUGCAAGAUUAAUCAGUAUUAUUUAUUGUUAUCGUUAAACUGAUUUCAUUGUUAAAUUCAAUGUAUUUGAGACCAUUUUUCAUAUUAGAUUUAGUCUAGAUUAUAUAACUUUUUUAAAAAUUUAUAUUUAUAUCCUGAAGGGAAUUUUUUUUGUCACAUUUUUUG